AGUUGAGGAAUUUCCAUGAUGGUUAUUGUCUUCAUUGUCAUAAACUACAUCACCAUCCUCAGAGGAGGAGGGGGAAAAGGAGCAGUGAUGUCACCUCUUAGGUUGAAGGUAAAUGGGGAAAUGUUAUUUCCCAACUCCUCCUACAACAUCUACUCAAGCCUUAUUUAUGUGAAACCUUCAACCCUGCUUUAGAACAUCUCAACACUUCACCUGUAUGAGCAUCUUCACCAGUGAAACUGAAGUUUGACACAAAAGACACAAUGGCAACACCAGAUGGUUUCCCAGCCAGUUUCUAUGGAGAACCAGGAGUGUUGGGAAUGUUGUCCAAUGGGAUCAGUGCAUUCCUCGUACUUCUGCAAAACUUCAAUACAGCGCAUACAGGCAAUGAACCAGUAGGAGUAGAGAACAUACUUGCAGGUGUUCAUCUCAUCCUGAUUGGUGGCAUUUGUCAACUGGUGGCUGGACUGCUCUCCUUUAGAAAAUAUGACCACUUGAGUGGAACCGCCUUCAUUGGCUACGCUGCUCUUUGGGGCAGUUAUGGAGCCACCAGAAUCUACUUUGGUGCAUUUACCAAAACUACAACAAUAUCAUCCAUGAUGAUUAACAAUUUGUCCCUGUCCAAUGACACAAUGUUCAACAUGUAUUCUAAUACCACCACAGAGAUCCCUCUUAGCCAUUUAAGCCAGUCUAUUAAAGAGUCAGCCAUUGCGGGUCUGGUCCCAUAUAUCCUCCUUUCAUCUGUCCUUGCCUUCUGCUCUGCCACUGUCAACUACAUUAUGCCUUUUGUUUUUGGUGCCAUCACUUUCACCUUGGUUUUUGAAGCAAUCAGUCUGGUAUCUAGCUCUUGGGCUCUUGUGGUAUCUGGUGUUUUGGAGUUGCUCAUUUUGCUUUUUGCCAUCUAUGGUUCAGCUGCACUACUCCUAAAAGGUCUGACUCAACGUCUUAUACUCAGAGGCUUCGGAACCCCCCUCUUUAACGUUCUCCUGCUUGGGACCCCUAGUUCAGCAAGUGCAAAGAGCAUUGGCCAAGAGAUGAAGAAAAACACCAAAUAUGCCGAGCCCAUGGCUUUGGGUUUCUUCUGUGACACUGUUUCCGCAUUCAUUUUUGCUUUCUACAGCUUCGGUUACAUGAAGUCCUUUGGUGUGGGAGCUGCGUGGGUCUCAAUCAUCUCAGUCGCUCAGCUGUUCUCCAGCUACUACGCUCAUCUACGCCAAGACUGCUACCACACCACUAAGUUUGGUCUACAUGCCACAUACUGGCUGAUCAAGGCUUGGGAUGAGUUUGUGGUAUCUGUUCUGCUUGAUGGGGACAGCAAAGUAGUCUCAGGGAGGGAAACGAUGGUGGGAAAUUGGUUCUUUGUGAUGGCAGGUUUGGUGCUUUGCAUGGGAAGUCUGACCACAGAUGUCUUUGAGCUGAUCCACAACAUGUUGUUUGUCCUGCUCACAGUCUCGACAAUCCCCCAGAUCCCCCUCGAGGGAUACUAUAUCUUCUUUGGCGUAGCUUCCUCUUUGUUCACUGCAGCCUCCCUGUAUGGUACCUUCUCCCGUCUUAUCAACACCAUAGCAGAGAAGUCUCUGAUCCCUGUAGGACCACAGCCUGUCUCCACUGACCGGUUCAAGAAGGCAUUGGGUUGCAUCAAAGCCAAGACGAGGGACCUCAAUGUUCUCCCCAAAGAAGACCAGGCUUCAGAUGCCUUAUUUUACAUUUUAAAUGGGGUUGCAGCUCUAUCAGCUCUUCAUGCAAGUUCAUCGAGAAAUAAUCCUACUUUUCUCCACCUGACCGUACCCUGGGUCCUCAUCUCUGGAGCCAUCAUGCAAGUCUACGUCAGCCGGCUGCAGGUCACAGGAGGGGGCCGCUUUGGUUCAGUCAUCUCAUCAAUAUAUGUGGCUGUAUGGGCAACCUGGACCUGGUUUAGGUUUGCAGGUAACCUGCUUCAGCAUUCCCCAGAAACAGCCUAUGCAUUUACAGCCGGAGCCAUCGCUCUGCUGGUCAUUAAUGCUUUCCUCGUGCUGAUUGCUGCCUAUAGGAACCUGGUUUUGCUGUUUCUAACAGCGGUGAUGGAGGUCGUCCUGGUGUGUUUCCUGCUUUCUACACUGCAACGACUACCAUAUGAGCUAGAGAUGGCCAUGCUUGCACUAUUUUCAAUUAUUUGUAUAUAUGGAGCUCUGGCUUCACUGCUGAACUGCAUCUUCUCCCAGAGACUGCUGCCUAUGGGUCCUCUGCUAAUCAAGGAGGAUGUGAAGCAGGUUUUUUCCGCAGAGCUGCCCUGUCCUGUGGCUAACUCUCGACUCACUAGCGGUCUCUUGAAGAUUGCUGGCCUCCUGGAAGAGGGAGGAGUGUGUGGUAUUCCAACUGACACUGUGUAUGCACUUGCUGCCUCUUGCAAGAAUCCUCAAGCUAUAGAAAAAAUCUACAACAUUAAAGACAGACCAGCAGAGAAGCCCAUCUGUAUUUGCAUCUCUAAUGUGGAGCAGCUGGUGGCAGCCAAGCCUCCCUUCAGUCCUCUGCUGUGGCAGUUUAUGAGGAAUGUUUAUCCAGGAGGCAUCAGCUGCAUCGUCAGUAAAGGAGACUGGCUCUUCAGACUGGGAGUUGGACCAGCUUAUGACCGAGUAGGCACCCAAGAUAGCAUCAUGAUCCGUGUCCCUGAUCACACUGUGACUGGUCACCUGUGUGACAUCACCGGACCCCUUGCUAUUACCUCAGCCAAUCCCAGCGGAGAGCCUGACAGCACUCACCACAGCAUGGUCAUCAGUCGACUGGGACACAAGAUCCAGGGGAUUCUGUGUGAUGGAGAUUCAAAUGAAGUUGUUGCUUCCACUGUGGUCAACUGCCUGAAGAUUGAUGAAGGGACCAUCACCAUUGUGAGGGAAGGCUGUGUCCCUGCAGUAAAAGUGCGACAGAUCUUUGACAGAGUGAAAGCCACUAUGCUUUAAAAAACAGCUUUUCCAGCUCCUCCAUUUCCUAUUAAUAAUCUCACAGAAGCUCUAUGAACAAUAUGAGAAAGACAGAGUGAAAGGUAGAAUGAGAUGGUUGUAAAUAUCCAUAACUGUGGAUGUCUUCUCAAGUGUAAUACAAAUUAAACAUUUGUUUCUUAGUUGCUUAGCUGUAUCAUUCAGGCAAAAAAAUAAAAAUCAACUGUAUGAACUUUGAUGUUUAGUUUUGUUUAUAUGAAAUAAUAUUUGAAUAUCCUCAUGGACUGUUAUUGCAUAUACAUGUAAAAAACCAAGACAUUGUAUGCAGACAUGAAUUUCAGAUUAUUUCUUCAACCAAAGGAUGUACAUUUCUCACCCUGUAUAUGUAUUUAAACUGUACAUUAUCUG